AUGAGACUUACGCUAGCUGUGUGCGGUUUCCUGUUGGGUUUAGUGCUGGCACCUAUCGAUGGCAGGUUAAAGUAUGCGGAGGUGUUCCCGAGUGAUACGCUCGAGAAUUUGCUUCUCUCGGAACCGACCGGUUCCUUGGAGGGUAGUAAUCGGGAUGAUCAGGACGCUCCCUACAGUGGUGAAGAUCUUCCAGCACGCAGCAAACAGUUUGGCCCGAGUGUCCACGUCACCACUACGUCGUCUAGGCACCGAACGGACUGUAAAGAAAAGCCGACACCGACGAACCCUUCCGAUACGGAUGGGGACGAUGCGGCUCUCAAGCUGCCACCACUCAAUUGUUUCCCCCUAGCCGACCGGUUGCACAAGUACGACUGGGCACGGUACCAUCUGCGGCAUAUGGCUACAGGUUCGCCAAGGUCCGCCCCAACUGAACCGGUAGAGCCAGGUAAAAAAGAGGACGUUACUAGCCGGUCCGAAUUUGUGGCACGGAAGCGAUCUGACUUUAAUCGUGAAAUCUCUGCCGACCUAUACGCACAGUACCCAUCGUCCUGUGCGUGCCAGACAAAGUACGAGCUGCUUGAUCUUGGCUACACACACUUUCCACGGUACGUCGUGAACGCGAUCUGUCAGAACCGGAGCGCCAACAGCCGGAAGUGUUGGCGCGGUUCCAGCUGCAAGGAGAUCCCGUACAAAGUGCGCGUCCUGACCAAGCGGAGCGAUAACGAGUCGGGCGAACAUGAUCACCAUUCGACGCUGCUGCCGGAACCGUUGCGAGAGUAUUGGCGCUUCAAGACGGUUACCAUUGCCGCCGCCUGUCAGUGUUCGAUCUGACGGUCGGUAGGGUCGGACCGGUUAGAACAUCUAUCCACCGAGGA